AUGAUCUUUGAUUAUAAAGCGAGUGGUGAAGAAAUUGCAUUGUUGGCAGAGUUCAAAAUAUCGUUAAAUGCAUACUUGAGAGAGCUAGUAUCUUCUCCAGUUCGAACCAUGGCUGAUGUGAUAGCCUUCAACAACAAAAACCCGAAAUUGGAAAUGAUCAAUGAAAUUGACCAAGAUCACUUUUUAAGUGCGGAAGCCACAAAAGGAAUUGGAAAAGUUGAGAAGGCAGCAUUGUCAAAUUUAGCAAGACUGUCAAAAGAUGGAUUUGAGAAGUUGAUGACAAAUAAUAAGCUAGAUGCCUUGGUGACUCCUAGUUACUAUGCUUCUAGUGUCCUUGCAAUUGGUGGUUUCCCAGGAGUAAGUGUUCCAGCAGGAUAUGACACAACAGGGGAGCCAUUUGGCAUUUGCUUUGGGGGGCUAAAAGGUUCAGAGCCAAAGCUGAUUGAGAUUGCAUAUGGCUUUGAGCAAGCAAAAAAGAUCAGGAGGCCUCCUCUAUUCAUGCCUUGA